AUGAUUAACAACGGAUGCGUCUGUCCGCGUUGUAUUCAUCCGACCUGUCCAAAUCCUAACGCGGAGCCGCCGCACGAUGAGGUGACACACGAGGUGGGGGACACUAUUUUGUCGGUGAAAAUACCGAAGAGUACAAGACAGUUCCAGUCGGACGACCCCCGCCAAUUGGAACAGAAGCUGAGCUUCGACUUCAAUUGCGCUGACGCGGAAGGCGUGAAAUGCAAGCCAGGCUGCACAAAAGUUCACGUGAUACCGGACCAGCAAGCCCCGCCGAAGGAGCCCGACGAGGAGACCCUCUCGCUGAAGGCCGUGAGGCAAAUUUUGCCCAACCAAGACCUAAAGAACACGCUCGAGAUUGAAUUUAAGGCGCCGCGAAAUUACAUUCCUCUGCCUGAACUCGGCCCAUCUCCGCCCAUAAUUGUACCGAAGCAGACGGCCGGGUCAAGGAGGAAGAGGAGGCGCAAGCUCGAGGUUAAAAGGAAGAAAUAA